GUUGCCGACGAAAACACUCGGCGCACGUCGACGCAUGCCGCGACACGAGACGCGACCACUUCUGCACCGGCGCGUGGAUCUGAGAAGCAUGGAAGCCCUGGACAGUGCACCACCGAGGCCUGUUGCGCGCAUCGUCGGUCGAGGCGAGCACGUCGUCGAUGAGAACGGCAAGGUGCACGAGGACACCCCCAUUGGGUCAUACAACAUCAGGCGGACAGGCGGCAAUUGGCGCAAGAUCUAUUGGGACGACCUCUUCCACACGAUUAUCAACACCCGCACAAGCCGAGUCAUCGCUGGUGUCUUCGGCGCGUACGCAAUCGUGAUCUUCCUCUUUGCGCUGUGCUACCGCUACGUAUCUGUGAACGACCCCACGUGCAACGUCGGCGUCACGACGAUCAUGGAAGCGUACAUCUUUUCCGUCGAAACCAUUAUGACGAUUGGAUAUGGAGCUCCAUCCAACGACAUCUUCUACGGCGGAUGCGGCUCCAUGGCGGUGAUCCUGACCCUCGAGUCGUUUUCUGGCAUCUUUCUCGAUGCCGUGUGCAUCGGCAUGUUCUUCGUUCGCUUUUCCCGCGCCACGACGCGGGCAUGCUCCAUCAUUUUUUCAAACUUUGCCGUCAUCCGCAAGAUCCGCGGCGACUACUACUUCAUGUUCCAGGUGUGCGAGCGCAGGAAGCACCAGCUGGCCGAGGCGCAUGUGCGGUGCUACGCGGUGCGACACGAGUUCGACGUGAGCAAGGAUGGCGUGGCGGAAGAGACGGCGCUCUUCCAGACGCACCACAUGCGUCUUCAGCAGCCUGACGACGACAUCGGCGCCUUUCUCCUCAUGGCGCUGCCUCAAGUUGUGGUCCACCGGAUCGACCCGUGGAGUCCGUUCUUCCCGCGCGAAUGCCUUCCUUCGGACUACCAUGCCACGACAUGCCCUGCAUUUCCAGACCCAUCGCAGCGUGCGAUCGAUCACGAGAACGGGAACAGAGACUACCACGCGGACGCAACCGUGCCGACCAAGCCGACGCAAGCGCAGAUCGACCGGCAUUUGCGUCGCUCCGAACUGGAAGUCGUUGUGAUUCUUGAAGGCACGGACAGCACGACAGGCAACACGAUGCAGGUGACCGCGCUCAUCCGCCUCCCUCCGACUCGAGCAUGGAUGGACGUAGGCCCGGUUCUCCUACACAGUCCACGACAUGUCGUGGAAUCAUACAUUCGCGCGGUGCGUAAGUCGCGACCCCGUGACGAAUGGCGCCCACAUCGACUUUGACAAGUUCCACGACGUCCGCGCCGCGCCCGCCGACUGCGCGCGCGACACGUCCGUCAGUGUCUUUUGAGCGUUGUGGCAGCUCCUACGUGAAAUAGUGUGCAACCUACUCGAAAUAGUGUUGCCUGCCCCGUGGAUGAAAAUAGUGUGCUGUGGCAAAUAGUGUGAGCAAGCCAAUCGCGUGAAAGUUCGGUUUAAAAAUUCGAAUUGAAGUGGCGCCCCCGUGUAUUUUUAUUAUGCCA